AAGUUUCAAAACUUUCAAACUGGGCAGACAGACAGAGAGACAGUGAGUCGGACGGCCUAAGUGAAGGAGGGGAAUCAAGCUUUGGACAAACCGCUGCACCGCACACUCCAAACAAGAACUGUUGUCUUUUGAGAAAAAAAGGAGUGAAGAAAAGAAAGAGGCAGAGUCAUUGUGGAUCACUUUCAGGGGGAAUAUCCUGCACCACAACUUGUUUGUUUUCUCUUUCUUUCUCGUCUUCCCCCUCCUCUCAGAUCUCGAUGCUUUGCUUUGGGAUUUGUGCUCCAAAUCCAUCAAAUUCCUCUCUUGAUAUUUCCCUUUGUCAUCUGAACCACUUUGAUUUACACAUUUCUUCCAGAACUUUGCAACCCAUCAAACUGAGACAGACGUUUGCAGAAUUUAACUUGGACUAAAAGUUGAAUCCACAGCCGGUUCUGGAAUGAAUUUAACUGAGCCCAGCUUGUCUAGAGAGACUCUUCUGCAUGCCAGCCGGGUGUCUCUCGGGGGCCCCUGGGCGUCCAGGACCCCGAGCCCUGCUUCUGAUUCUGAAAUGGGUUUUGAGCAGAACCUCUCCGGCGACUGCAGUUCUGAUGGCCUUGGAACCGGGAACAUGAGGAGAACAGAACCAAGGAUUUCCCUCACACCCAGUUUAGGGGGACAGGGUCCAGACCUCACCCAGGCAGGAGGUGUGUCGGCAGGCACGGCCGAUGGGAAGGCCGUGGGGGGUGAGCAGAGAAUCCGCAGGCCCAUGAAUGCCUUCAUGGUCUGGGCUAAAGAUGAAAGGAAGCGACUGGCCGUGCAGAAUCCUGACCUGCACAAUGCUGUUCUCAGCAAGAUGCUCGGUCAGUCUUGGAAGUCCCUGAGUGCUACAGACAAGCGGCCGUUUGUGGAGGAAGCGGAACGUCUCCGUGUCCAGCACCUCCAGGAUCACCCGCACUACAAGUACAGGCCUCGCCGCAAAAAGACCACCAAAAAACUCAAGCGGGUUGAACCAGGGCUUCUGCUGCACAGCCUAGCCCAGGGCGGGGCACCAGGACUUGGAUUAGGUCCUGGUGUCAGCCCCUUGGGUGCAGACAGUAUUUCUGGAGGUUCAACUUAUGGACAUCCAGGUGCCCACCCUCCGCAUCAACAUCACUCCCACCACCUGCUGCCUUCUCUUGGGCACUUCAGAGACCUCCAGGCCCCAGGACACCCAGAGAUGGAGAGCUACGGCCUGCCCACUCCAGAGAUGUCCCCUCUGGAUAUUCUGGAAGAUGGGGCAGGGGAAUCAGUGUUUUUCCCCCAACAUAUGCAAGAGGAGGCAGGGAUGGGAGGUUGGAGUGGGUACCACCACCACCUUCACCAUCACAACCAGCAUUACAGCCAUAAUUACAACAACCACCACAAUUCCAUACAUGGUGCAGCAACAUAUGUUCAGAGUUCAGGAAUGAGUGCCGGUGCAAGUUUAGGCACCAGUAUGAAUUCCAGUUUGAGUCCUGGCAGAAGUUCCAGAGUUGAUUCUAGAAUGAGUGCUGUUGAGUCAAAUAUGAGCUCAAGCAUGAGCUCUGUUACUUCAGUUUUGGCGAGUUCAGUCAACUCUCGGUUAAAUGCUAAUCAUCCCUCAGGUCACCACAUCUCCUUGAGGAGUCCUCUAAAGUGCCCACCACCUCUAUCCGACUCCUCCUCCCCUGUUUCCUACACUCAGCCCGCCAUCAAUCUCCCAGAGCAGAUGAAAUCCCACCAAACGCCACAUCAAGCCAGUGCUCCUGUUAGCUACUUCAGCCAAAUGUAUGGGAGCAGCACCCCGAAUGCUGCAUAUUACAUGCCCUCUCACCUGGGGCAACUUUCACCUCCUCCUGAAACUUCCCCUUCUUCCUGCUCAUCCUCCAUCCCCCCGUCAACCUUCCCUCCCUCUUUGCACUUAGACCCUCAGAAUCCAGAGUCCUCCAGCCAUUUGGGGUCUUCCUCUGAUGAGUUUUGGACCGAAGUGGACAGGCAUGAAUUUGACCAGUAUGUUAAUGUCAGAAGGAAUCGAGAGGAGGCCUACGGACAUGGUGGGGGCUGUGGGGGGGUAUCCAAAGUAGUGAGUGGACGCAGUAGCAGUAGUGUAGGUAGUAGCAUGAAUAGCAGUGUUAGCAGUAUUAUUAACAGGGAUGUCAGUAGCAUUUUGAAUGGUGCUGGUGGGUGUGAUGAAGCGAGCAGCCCUCUUAUAUCUGCGCUUUCUGAUGCCAGCAGUGCUGUCUAUUACAGUGCCUGUAUCACUGGAUAAAUUAUCUCUUAUAUGUACCUCCUUGCAUAUAGCACAGUUAGGUUUGGUUCAUUUGAAGCACUGUUACAUGAGUGAGGAAGUAUGUCUGAAAGAUUAGUUUUGGCUCAUACUUUUAGUCUAGUCGUUGUCAUCUCUUACUUAAAUCUCAUAGAUAGAACUCUAAAUUUAAAAAUUAAAUAAAUUCAAAAAAUUAAGUGAGUGCUGUCAUCCUACAAAUGUGUGCAGAAGACUGAGCUGGGUAGAGCCAAAUCCCACAGUUUUAACUGGAAAAAAAAAACUUGCAAAGAUGAAAAUAAAAUUUUAAAAAUAAAUAAAGUGCUAACUACUUAUUUUUAGAUUACUUAGUGCAUUCCUAAACAUGAUAUUAAACAGUUUGCUGGCUAGCUAACCAGCUUUCAUUCAUAGUUUUUUGAUUGAUUUGUAAGAAAUGCAUGGAUUACUAGCUCUAGACACCUGGAGGCAGAAGCUCAAGCAGCUAGUCUUGUCCUUUCUUGAGCAACUGCAAAAUUAGCCACUGUCAGUUAUAGCAGAUGACAUUAGCUAAUGGGGUUAGCUAUCUUAAGGAGAAAAUCAAGAUAUUAUCUGUUGUUCCAAAUGAAUAAUACUGGGGGGGGGCAUGAUGACAUUGUGCUGCUCAGAGGUUGUAAUAUUUUGAAUUUUGGCACCAGUGCCUAGUCCUACCUGAAAAAAGAAAUAGGCCAUAGUGAAGAUAAACAGAAGGCAGCUGGACAGCACCUUAGAAUAGAUUUUAGUUUGUCACUUACUUAUCAAGGAUGCUCGGUCUCUUUUUUAGCAUGUGUUAUACUAAUAAAACGUGAAUCUUUAUCAGUAGCUGGAUACAUGUAUGACCUGGAACUUGUUCUGGUGGCUACAUAACCUGAAGGAUUCAGGGAUGUGCAGCAAGUGCUUGUCUUUGUUGAAGUACCUUUGAACAAAGAACUAAGCUCCUAGUUGUUCCACCAGUUUUGAUUCUCUACACUCUAACCCCACAGUACAUGCUACAGGAAGAUAAGAUUAUGCAAGCACGAUUAUUUUUUUGAUUGCACUGUGUUCUCUGGUCAUCAGAAAAAUACGUCAAAUCUGAAUUUCAUGAUCAUCUCAUAUUAUUUUUGACAAUUCAUCUCAGGACCAGACAAAUAUUCAUCUCACUGAACUUCUUAAAGUUUAGGUUUACUCAUGUUUUUCGUUAAAUGGAAACAUUUGACAAUGAAGGUCGGGAGAUGGACAAAGAGAAAAAGACUCGAUGGAAGAGACUUCAAUUCAGCCUCCAGAUAUCUCUCUGCAGUGUUGUCGGGAAAGCCUUGGCCACAGACCCAGAGCAGACCACUUAUGUCUCCCACAAACUAUCAGGAUGUUUUACAAGCUGGGUCGGGUUCUUUCUGACCAUGAUACAUGCCGUUCCCUCUCAGUCUCAGUCCAUGACAGGGCCUCAUGUCAAACUCCAUGCUAAAAUCUGUAAGUUUUAAGUUGUUUUGCUUUUUGGCAAAGACAGAUAUGUUGAUGAUUCAAAGAUCAUACUUUUUAAUCAGCAAGCCCCUCUGGUGAAACAAGCACAUCACUUGUUUACAACAAAAUGUCCUAUUUCAAAGUGUAAUUUAGUUCUACAAAGAGAAGAAGAUUAGGUUCUACAUAUGCAGUGCCAUUAGAACAAGUCUUAUGUGGUAUAUCCUGAAAACAGCAUCCCUUUAUACGUUUGCGUAUUUGCAAAUUAAUGCAAAGCAACAUUUUACUGUACCAGAUAUUGGUAAGCAGCUUGACCGUUAACUUACAGAUUGUUCCAUUCUCAAUUUCAUUAAAACAUUUAAGGAUAAUUGUUCAUGUGCUAGGUCUUAUAUUCAUUUUGGAAACCUUGGUUUGAUGUAGCCAUUUACUGUACAUAUAGUUGCUAUGCCUCUCGGCAGUAUGUGAAGGAGAAACUGAGACUAUGAAAUGUUCUCUUUGCACUGGGUUUAAUGUCUUAGCUGUACAGAAAGAACACUACUUAUCAAAAGUUAAAUGUCCAUUAUUUUAAAUAUGUUUUUGUACAGAAAGGGCUGUGUUUAUUUUGUUGUUUUAAAGAUUGUUUUAUAGAUUUAUUUUCUUAAAGGAAUAGUUUGACAUUAUAGGAAAUACGUUUAUUCGCUAUCUUGCUGAGAGUUAUAUGAGAUUUUCAAAACCGCUAUCAUGUCUAUGUGUAUUGUAGGCUUCAGAGUUAGCUACAGAGUUUGCCAAGAAAUAGUUACACCAGGUAGCUCCCCAUAAGUUUGUGUACUUAAUAAAUAAUGGUGAUAAAAGUGAAAUUUAGAGGUGAUGGAUGUCUGAUUUGAAACUUUGGACUGCUAAAGGCAAAAGCUGUUUCCCCUGCUCACAGUCUUUGUGCUAAGUCAGGCUAAUUGCCUCCCGGCUCCAGCUUCACUUAGCCAACCGAACUGACAGUGAUUAUGACAUUCUCACCUCACUCUGAGCAAGAAAGGAAAUGCGUAUAUCCCAAAAGGUUGAACUAGACCUUUAAAGAUGAUUUAAAUAUAAAAGCAUUGGAGCAGUGAGUUUCCACUAUUUUAUGUUCCUCUUAAAUGUGUAUUAUAAACUUGCCUUCGAAAGGAAUUCUAAAGGUCUUUAAUGGGUUACAUAUUACACUUUGCUCUACCAGUGACACCACCAAACUUUCCCUCCCACACCACUGUUUUUUACCUAAAUGACUGGAAAUUAAAAUAAGAACUUGUGGUUUUGUUUGUGCUGAGAAAAUGAAAAAUCAACAGUUGUAGCCACUGUAGAGGUCUCUCUUUAUGUGUUUAUGUAGCAUUUAUCCUGUAAUAUCUAUGUAAACAGUGGGAGCAAAAAACAGAAAUCUCUCUUCAAGGAUCUAUCCUGCAUCUGUUCUGCAUUAGUCCUACAGACAAUACUUUUUUUUGUAUAUGAAACAGUAGAACAAAAUUGAGUAUUUUGUACAGUGAAACCAGUUAUAUUUACCACACCGUUCCUUGUGACCUCCAUUGGUUGAGAACAGAGCAACAGUAGAUUUUUCUUAACAAUUCCUCUAGAGGAAGAAGCCACAGAGAAGCAGCAGUUCAAGCAAAGUUACUUCUACAUCUGCAUUUGACAUUCUUUUCUGUUGACACCAAACAGAGUCUUGUUUCCAUUUUAAUUUACUGUGACACACAAAGAACAUCAGAGAGACAGGAAUUUUUUUAAAGUCGUGCAAUAACUCUGGGGCUUUUGGUAAUAAUUAUCUGCAGGAAAAAAACGAAACACCCAAGAUUUUGGGAUUAAAACAAAGGACAUUUUCUCAGCAGUCAUAUAACGACAAAUUAAAACCAGGAUUUUCCCAGAAGUGUCACUGUGAUACUUCUAAAUCUGUCUGACAGGGAUCAUUAUUAUAUUUUCUGUAGUACAUGGUUUUGUUUGUGUUUAUAUUUGAAAAAUGUGGGUUGGCUGUAAAUAGAUCUGUUCUGUUUGUUAAAAUAAUUUUGCAAAAUAAACAUUUCUAAGGCUGCA